UGCUCUCCAUGUCAUCUUUACAAAACCAGCUUAUACAACUGCCUCUCUCAAGCUCCUCGUAUCAAAUUAAAGCAGUAGCCAUAACUAUCGUGUGUGUCUAGAAAUAGCUUGCUCUGCAUCUCAUCUUUACAAAACCAGCUCAUCCAGCCUCUCUCAAGCUCCUCAGAUCGGCUCGGCACCCAUGAAUAUGAUCCCUACCCCCACCAGCGAUGAACUUCUCCAAGCUCAUGCCGAGCUUUGGUGCCACAGCUUCGCCUACCUCAAGUCCAUGGCGCUGCAAAGUGCCAUCAAGCUCGGUAUCCCCACCGCCAUCCAUCGCUGUGGUGGUGCCGCCUCCCUAUCUGACCUACAUGCAUCUCUCCCUGUCCCUCCAAGCAAAUGGCCAUGCAUGUCUCGCCUCAUGAAGCUCUUAGCCGUCUCAGGAAUAUUCAAAGAGGACAAGCCAGACAUGUACUGCCUCACCCCAGUGUCACGCCUCCUCGUGGAGGAGGACAUCGACGAUGGUGGUGGUGGUGGUGGUGGUGGCACGGCAUGCCAGUCACAGUUCACGGUCAUGGUCACUUCACCGUUCCAUUCUGCUGCAUCUCAAUGCCUCCCCGAGUGGCUGCAGAGUGACGACGACCAUGCCGUGGCGGAGACGCCGUUCAUGAUGGCGCAUGGGGCGACAUUCUAUGGAGUUAGGGGCCGCGACUUGGAGUUCGGUGCGUUGUUCAAUGAGGCGAUGGCCGCCGAUAGCCGCUUCGUGGCGGAGAUCCUCACACGCCAGUGCGGCGAAAUGUUUGCGGGGGUAACGUCUCUGGUCGAUGUUGGAGGCGGGGACGGGACGACGGCCAAGGCCAUUGCAAAGGCCUUCCCGCAUGUGAGGUGUUCGGUGCUGGAGCUUCCUCAGGUGGUAGACAAGGUGCAUGUUCAUGGUAUGGUGGAGUUUGUUGCAGGUGACAUGAUGAAGUUCGUCCCUCCGGCUGAUGUUGUGUUACUUAAGUUUGUGCUGCAUAAUUGGAGUGACGAGGAUUGUGUUAAAAUCUUAAAACAAGCAAUGUUAGCUAUUUCUACUCGAGAACCAAAAGGAAAGGUGGUAAUCAUAGAUACGGUGGCAAGCUCGGUGUCCAAACAGUCACUUGAAGCCCAACUUUUGAUGGAUCUAUGCAUGAUGAUGCUAACAACGGGCGAAGAGCGAGAUGAAAAGAAGUGGAAUAAGUUAUUCUUGGAAGCAGCGUUUAGUGGAUGUAAGAUUAGCCACAUAUUUGGGUCUCGAUCACUCAUUGAGGUCUAUCCAUAGACGUUACUUGUGUAUGCAAGAAUGAGAACUCUCUAUUAUUGUACCAUUAUUAUGGCACGGCAAAGAGGCAGUUUGCAUGUCUUUUAGCCCGUACCUCCUUUGUUGUGGCUUUUUGGAUUGUUUCUGUUUGUUCUAUUAAGGGCACUCAUAAUGCAGACUCUAUCAUAGAGUCUAAAGUUAUUUAUUACCUCGAACAAUGUGGAUUUGGAGUCUA